GGUUGAGAACCACUGCCCUAGGGCAUGGUCUCCUCAGGGAGAAACUGAACAGGUUGGUCCCCCCCCCUCCUCCUCCUCUUCUUCAUUCACACAACAGGCUCGUGAAGGCACGCAGGUCACAAAUGAGACUGGUGUUAGUUCAGAGGACCAACAGGCUCUGUGGUCAGAUCAAUUUAAUGCAUUUAUGCAGUGUGCAUUUACACAAUUUAUGUCUUCUUCUAGGAGUCAACGGUUUUCACAACCACCUCCUCCAUCCAUGCCUCCUUCUCAAACGGGGCGUGCCACGGUUCCCGGUUCUGGUGUCUCUGAGAUAUCUUCACAAUUAGGCGAGGAAGAGUCAGUGGAUCUAGAGGUAGCCGACAUGCCCAUGUCAGAGGAUGAGGAGGAAGCGCCCGAACAGGCGCAAACCUCGGGUCUUUUUGAUCCUUCCCUUUUCAGAACUUUACUUCUGAAAGCCUGUACCACGGCUAACCUCUCCUCAUCACAGGAUGACAAACCUUCCACCUCCACCAACCAGGAGUCCAAUCCUUUGUUCGCGGAACAGGUUGUGGAGAAGAAACAGAUUCCUUGCCCGCAUGUAUUUCGGGCUACUGUGGAGAAACAGUGGUCAUCCCUGGCCACUUUUCCUGCCCCCAAUAGCACAGAAAGGAAGCUCUUCAAUGUUUCUUCCUCUUUUGCUUCCCUCUUAGAGGUGCCUUCUAUGGAUACUCCACUAACCUCUUUAUUUUCCACAUCGGCUAUUCCAGGGGAUAUGGUAGAGGCCAUGAAGGCGGAGGACAAGAAAUUUGAGUUCUCCCUUCGCCGAGUUCAUCAGGCCUCGGCUUGGGCGAUUAAGGCUGCGACUUCCUUUUCCUUCUUUGCAAGGGCUUCAAUCAUGUGGCUCUGCGAACUUCAGGCACUCGUCCCUCCUGACCAGGUACGCACACAUCAGACACUGGGAAAGCUAGUGGUAGUGUCAGAAUACAUGGCAGACGCCUCAUUUCAUUCAGCCUGGUACUCCUCUAAAUCCAUUGCAGCCACAGUUGCCUCCAGAAGAUUGCUCUGGCUAAAACAGUGGCGGACUGACUUAAAGUCUAAGUGGCGUCUGUCGACGGCCAAGUACGGUGGUACACAUUUAUUUGGUCCGAUUCUUGAACCACACGUAAUAGAGGGCAAAGAUAAAUGCAAGAUUCUGGCACACCCCUCCAGAAGGCUGGAUAGACGACCUCUGCAGGAUUUUCGUAGACAGACUUUCCGCUUCAGUGGUUCCUGGGUGUGGAGGCAGCCCUUUCGGCCAGGGCAGUCCUGGGAAUGGCCCAGAGGCUCACGAUCCUUUCCCCCUAGACAGGAUCGCCAACAGGACCACCAGAAUGUCAGAGCCAGGGGCCAAUACCAGUCCAAACACCCUUUCCGGGGCACAGGGGGCCGUCCCUACAGACGGUCUAAGUGACGCCAGGGAGGACUCUCCCAUAGGCGGUCGGUUGUCGCUGUUCAGCGACAUUUGGGAGCUUACCACUACCGAAGCUUGGGUCAGGGAGACCAUAAAACGGGGUCUCACUUUAGAAUUCAUCUCAAAUCCUCCAGACUGCUUCAUGCGGUGUCCUGUAUCAAGAAACCCAGUCAAGGCAAAAUUGGUAGCCACGGCCAUCUCCCAUCUGUUAGAAAUCAGGGCAAUAGAACAGAUACCACAGGAACAGGAAGGACAGGGAUUUUAUUCCAUUCUGUUCGUGGUACCCAAAGCCUCGGGAGGUUGGAGGGCGAUACUGGAUCUAAAGGGUCUAAAUUAUUUCUUAAAAUACAAAAGGUUCAAGAUGCAGAUCCUAAGGUCCAUUCUAGCCAGCAUCAGGAAAGGGGAUUUCCUAUCCUCCAUAGACCUGACAGAGGCUUACUUGCACGUCCCAAUCCUCCCGGAACACCGCAGAUUCCUUCAGUUUUGUUACGCAUACCGGCAUUAUCAGUACAGGGCUCUUCCCUUCAGUCUCUCUUCAGCUCCAAGGGUCUUCAGAAAGGUCUUGGCAGUAUUGGCAGCCCACCUCAGGAUGAUUCCGGUGCGCACACAAUGCUACUUGGACGACAUUCUAAUCCAAUCCAGUUCUUUUAGGUCAUCUCUGUCAGACCUGGAAAUCACAAUCAGUGCUCUUCAGGAUCACGGGUUUUCCGUGAAUUUCAAGAAGAGUCACACCACUCCCACAAGGCGCCUCCUUCAUCUAGGGGCGAUAAUAGAUUCAAACCUCUGCAAGGUCUACCUUUCGCAGGAGCGCCGGAUCGGCAUCCGGAAGCUCGUACACCAGGUUCGGAGAGAGAGAAACAGAACCUCAGUUCAUCCACGAGGAGGGUGAGGGUUCCUGACCACACUCUAUCCUCUCUCCUACGGUGGGCUUCAUCCGCAAUGAUGAAAGGGACCAUCUUCAAGGAACCCCCAAGACUCAUCUUGACCACAGACGCCAGUCUGUUCGGUUGGGGCGCCCAUCUACAGACUCAUCUGGCGCAGGGUCAGUGGUCCCAGUCGGAUCUAGCUCACAACAUAAAUUGGCUUGAGCUCAGGGCCAUACACUUGGCACUCCGUCAGUUUUCCUCUGUGGUGAGGGGACAACACGUCCUCAUUCUGAUGGACAACGUGGCUGCCAAGGCUCAAAUCAACAAGCAGGGAGGGACCCAGUCUUGGUCCCUCAUGCUGGAGGCUCUGGCCCUGGGUCUGUGGGCGGAGUCCAACCUGGGUUCCAUCAAGGCGGAACACAUAUGGGGCAGGCAAAUCAGCAAGCAGAUUCCCUGAGCAUGGUCACGGUCGACCACUCAGAGUGGAGUCAGGAUCCGGACCUGUUCAGGGAGAUCUCGAUCAGGUUUGGUCGUCCACAACUGGAUCUCUUUGCCUCUCCAAGAAACUCUCAGCUCCCCAGGUUCUUCACCAGGUUUCCAACUCGGGGGGCGGAGAGAACGGACGCUCUCUGGUACCGGUUGCUGGGGGGGUCUGCUUUACGCCUUCCCUCCCCUUCCUUUGAUACAGGCGACCAUUUGCAAAUUGAUUCAGGAAAGGGCCGAGAUCAUCUUAGUUGCUCCACAUUGGCCAAGGCGUCCGUGGUUUGCCGACCUUGUGGAUCUGUCGUUCUCACCACCAUGGAGGAUCCCUCCGGACAGAGUAGCCCUCAGCCAGGGGAAGCUUCAACAUCCAGAUCCACAGUGGCUCCAGUUAGCCUCCUGGCACCUGAGCGGGAAAGUUUAACUAGACAAUCAUAUUCAUCAGGGGUGAUCUCAAUGAUUCAGGCCUCAAGACGUCCUUCAACUAAUAGGAUUUAUGAUGCCACGUGGAAAAACCUCUGCACUUGGUGUGUUAAGCAGAAUCUCAGGCCGCUGUUGGUCACUAUUUCUAACAUAUUAGAAUAUCUCUUGGAAAGAAUAAAUAAGGGGUUAUCAAUUAACACCAUCCGCAGACAAGGGCAGCCCUAUCAACGGUCCUAACUUGCGAUAACUUGAUUCCUUUAGCACAACACCCAAUAGUUAGUGCAUUCCUGAAAGGAGCAGUCAAUGCUAGACCCCCUCCGGUGCAUCGAUACCCAUCUUGGGAUCUACCCAAGGUAUUGCAAGCCCUGACUUUCCUUCCUUUUGAGCCUCUCAGGUCUUGUUCACUUCAUUUUCUUUCCUUAAAGGUGGCAUUCUUAGUAGCUAUCACUUCUGCUAGGCGAAUCUCGGAUUUGGCUGCAGUCUCAGUACGGAGUGAUUUAUGUACCUUCUUCGAAGAUAGGGUGGUCCUUCGCUUGGACCCCUCAUUCAUCCCAAAGGUCAAUACUUGGUUCCACAGGUCCCAGGACCUGGUUCUUCCAAAUUUUUGUCCCAAUCCGUCUCAUCGGUUAGAGAGGCAGUGGCAUAAGUUAGAUGUACGCAGGGCUCUGCGUCUUUAUAUUAAGAGGACCUCGGUUUUCCGUAAAUCGGAGGCUUUGUUCGUAUCCUUCAGACCCUCUAUCAUGGGUCAGAAGGUCUCCUCUUCAACCAUAGGUAGAUGGAUCAGAGCAUGUAUUGCUCGAGCCUAUACUUCUCAGUCUCUCCCAGUCCCUACACACAUUACUACUCACUCUAUGCGCAGCGCUGCUGCCUCAGCGGCCUGGUCCACCUAGGCAUAGAUUGAAGAGAUAUAUAGGGCAGUGACUUGGUCCUCCCCUUCUUCCUUUGUAAGACACUAUAAGAUUGAUCAGUUUGCAGCGACAGAUGCCUUGUUUGGUAGGCGGGUCCUGCAGCAGGUAGUUUCUUCUCAGGGGACACAAGCCUAGACUCCCGGUGGUGACAUGAGUGGCUUUGGUACGUCCCACCAGUGGAUUCUACAGGCAUCAUGCUGGAGAAGGGGCGUUGUCUUACCUGAACGCCUUUUCUCAGCAUGAUGAUGUAGAAUCCACACCCUCCCCUUGAGGCAGUCUAGGCUAGUGUCAGGUUUAUUGGAGCCAAUGUGUCAGAUUUCAUUAUGGAUGCUUCACCUCGUCAAAAACUGGAAGGACACACACAGAGGGAGGCGUGGCUAGAAUUUGACUUAGUCUCUUCUAAGCAGGAAGGCUAAGAUUACCCACCGGUGGAUUCUACAUCAUCAUUCUGAGAAAAGGCGUUCAGGUAAGACAACGCCCCUUUUGUUUGUUUUUCUAGCUAUUGCUGUACAUUGUUUUUUUAAAAACAUUUUAAAAUUAAAGACUUUGAUUGUGCUCUGAAAUCAUUCUCAAAAAGGUGAGAAGUGUUACAGUUUCAUCAAUUACAGUUUGCUUGUUUACUUGAUCGAUUUAUAUCUCUUCUUUCAUACAGGAGUUUAAUGUAAUAUAAAUAGUUCUCCCUUCUAUUUUUUUCCCAUAACAAAAACUCUGUCAAAUAAAUUGGACUAAGAGAAAAUGACUGACUGAAAAUCACAUAAUAAGCUUCAUUGUUGGGGUGUAGAACCUGUGGCUUGCUAGUGCCAGACCUACUUAACCACCACAGCACACUGGCUGUCAUACAGAUCUUACUAGGCUGAGGAAACUACUCAAUUUACUGUCACACAAAACAUUCUGUCCUUUCUUGGACCACUUUAUUUAUAAGAUUUCUCCAAGAUGCUCCCAGCUAUUUCUUUUUUCGGAUGUUUUUUAUCUUGCCAUUAUUACUUUAUAAGUAACUCAAGGCAGCAAACAUACAUAAUACUCCUUUCUCCUCCUACAUUCCCCACAACAACAACAAUCCUGGGAGGUGCAUUGGGCUGAGAGAAUGAUUGGUCCUAGGUCACCUAAGCAACUUUUAUACCUAAGACAAAACUAGAAGUGACAGUCUCCUGAUUUCAAGUUUCUAUUAUAAUUUCUUUUCUAUGUUUAUUUGUUCAGCUCCACUAUGGUGUUAGUUAUAAAAUACAAACACUAACACAUUAUCUGGAUUUUAUAAAGGAGGAAAAAUCCUUUUAAUCAUCUGGAAGAUGUUCAAUUGAUCAUGGUCAUUUGCACUUGAAGUAGUUCCUACUUUGAUUUAGUUUACCCUUUUACAAUUAUAUGAACUUAAUUGAAUUAAAAUAAUUUCUAACUCUGAUAAAAUAAACUAUGAAAUUAGGCAUUCUAA